CUCCCGUCUCGAGAGCUAAUCUGAUUCUUGCUGCUAAAAAAUGUGUUGUGGGGACACUUAUCGGGACAAAACGAAAAAUAUUGCAAUAUUUCAAAUGGUUUGCACCACGCUAAUCAACGUGGUGUGUGCAUGGUUCCUGAUUUCCAUUUAUACGGACAAAGGGUACAUGUCGAGGCGAACGGAACGUAUUGCAGAUGAGUUCGCGGGGUUGUUGGUGGGAGGACUUUUUGGCCUAUUGUUAGCCAUAUUACUUUUCCUGGGGGCGAAACAGGGGAGCAGAACAAAAUGUCGAAUAUGGCUUUGGUUUUACACUGUAACCACGUGUUUGUCACUCUGUCACGCGUUCGUUGUCAUCAUGCCGGCUGCCGCGGGGGACAAAACUGCACGCAUUCCGACCGGAGAGUUUUUCGGGCUUGGGCUGAGUUUCUACUUUCUCCACGUCGUCGAUAAGUACUCGGGUGAGUUAAGAGUGCUUCAAGAAGAAUGUGUGGCUCGACGUCAAGAAGCUGGAAACACCAAUGGUUUCCCUGCAGAGGAGACUGUGUGAAUUUGCAAUAAUUUCGAAAUUUAUUUAUCUCUAUCAUGUAGGUUAAAAGUAACAUAAUUGUGGACCGUCCACAUAUUACGUCAUCGGAACGGUGGGUGGGGGUUUUUCUGUGCCCUAUCUACAUAUGUACCUUACUCGUUUAAGCUUAACAUAAAGGGAUGAGCGGGUUGUA